AUGAAAAAAUAAAUCUUAUUUUUUUGGUGGAUCUUAUGAAAACCUUAUGAAGCUAUAUUCUCAUUCCAUCACAUUCCAUUUAUAUCAUCAUUAGCAACAAAUCUAGUUAGCAUCAUUUUCAAUGUCUUCAACAAUAUCCUAAGUUGUAACAACAAAGAAAAAACAAACUCUUCAAUUUCUUCCACAUUAUCUCUCUCUUAAAACUAAGAAACUAUGCUACAUUGAUUAGAUCCAAGCUUUUGAAGAAACCCAUUACUCAUUCUAACCCCAAAAAAAGUAUCAUGGGUGGUAGUACUAUUAGAGAAUCAUGGUGUUUUUGUAAAGGGGUAAGUAAGUCUGAGAGAAUGAAAGGUGCAAUUUUUUCAGGAAAAAAUCAAGCUAUGGCUACAGUUAGUAACACCAAUGUUGUUAAUGGUGUUUCUGGAACUGGGUUUUUAAUUCAUAGGAAUCUUCUUUUGACAACUCAUGCUAAUCUUCCUUCUGUUGUUGCUGCUGGUAACUCUGAGAUCCGGUUGCAUAAUGGUGUUGCUGCUACUCUUGUUCCUCAAAGGUUCUUCAUUACAAGUUCUGUAUUAGAUCUUACAAUUGUGGGUUUAGACGACGCGGAUGGAGAGUCAAAUGCCCAGGGUCAAAACCCUCACUACUUGAAGACUUGUUGUAAAACCAAUCUUGAUCUAGGAAGUGUAGUGUACCUUUUAGGCUACACAAAGAAACAAGAGCUAACUGUUGGUGAAGGAAAGGUCGUCAUAGCGACUGACAAUCUCAUAAAACUGUCAACUGAUGGGAUUAUAUGGAGUCCUGGUUCUGCAGGGUUUGAUGUGUAUGGAAAUCUAGCUUUUAUGAUAUGUGAUCCUAUGAAAUUAUCCACAUCACCGAAUACGCCUUCAACUUCUUCAUCCUCUUCUUCGUCGUGGAAGAAGGAUAUCCCAAUGCAAUUUGGAAUACCAAUUCCGGUCAUAUGUGAUUGGUUAAACCAGCAUUGGGAAGGCAACCUUGAUGAGCUUAACAAGCCGAAAUUACCGCUCAUGCGGUUGAUGUCUAAUGGCCCUAGGAGCGAACAUUCAUGUGCUUCAUUCACUUUGCGGCAAGUUUUCAAGUCGACAGAUGCUGAUAACGAGGGCACUUCAUCUUCAUCAAACAACAAUGUUCCAAAAACAAGAGGUCAGGGACAAAGCUCGGCUGCUGCUGCCAACACUGCCGAAGAAGAAAGCUUGAUUACUAACCCUAAUGCUGCACAUACACAAGGAAUUCCCACUCCAGAAAUAUAUGAAUCGCCUAGAGUAACUUCUGUGCCACUAAGAAGGAAAGAAAAUUCACCGAUACAACUUUUGGACAUCAAUUUUCCUCCAAGGGUCACCAAACCUGCAGUUUUCUCACAAUCAUCGAAGGAACCUCAUCCGAAAUCUGCUGAACCACUGCACGAAAACCAGCCAAAAGGAGAACAAAACCAAGACAGAAUGGCAGCAAAAACUCCUAUUGCAGAAGUUUCCUCAACAGGUUCUGUUAACGGAGCUCAAAGCGUAGUUCAAUCUAGUUCAUCUCCCGUGGAAGCGUCACAAAUGCACGACGGAUACAGCAGCGAAGGAGAAACUAUGUACUCUGCGGAAACCGCAGAAAGUCGCAACUAUACAAGUCCAAGAGAGUUGAAGUUUCAACAAGUCGGAAGGAGUCAGAGUUGUGUCAGUCACAAUAGAUGGGGUGCUGCAAAGAGGAGUCAAGUUGCUCGCGGAAUGAUGGUUGAAAAUCAAAGGAGUUUCAUGAAUGUUAAGAAGAUGUAUUCACAAGGAGCAACUUCUCAGAGAAGUAACGAGUAUUUCAGCCCAACUGUGUCGUCGAUCAUGAAACGUAACGGCUCAGAGCAACCAACAAGAUCCAGGUAUCAAUUUCUCAAAGUCAUCCCACCAUAAUUUUUUUGGCAAGGAGUUGAUUACUAGAAUGGAAAGCCUAUAAUCCAAAAAUAUGGGAGCUUACAUGGUCAAAUUGAAGUGUUUCUGUACAAUUACUUAACUAAAAAUAUGGCAGCUUCUAUGGUAGUACAUUGUCAAAUUGAGAUGUUCCUAGAAUUAACAAGUAUUUUUUGUUAAUUAAAGAGUUAUUUGUAAAUUUUUGUACUUCAAAAAAAUAUUUCGUAGAUAUCUAGCCAACACUAUAGGUGAAUGAUAUUUAAUUAUAAUUUUUCAAAUGAUAUUAAAUAAUUUAUACUAAAUAGCAACUCUUCCAAAAAAAGAAGAAAAAAAAA